AAAGUCACUUCAUAGAUGCAUACUGGACUUAAAAUUGUCUAACAGUUAGGAAUUGUGUUAAACCGAGAGGGAGUCCAAAUCUGGUUGAGUUGUAAGCAUGUCAGAAACUAAACAGCUUCAUGGUUUUUGUAAGUUGUUAGUUCGGGAGGGGAACAUAUGAUUCAUAGAGAUUACAUCAGGAUCUUAAGUUUGUGCCCAAAAAUGGUUAUGCGACUGUACUGCAGGAUUUCUCAGGGAUAAAAUUUAGGAGGAUGAAUCAUUGUAAACUAAAGGCAAAUAGCACAUUAAAGUUCCCACUAGCUUAAAAGAAUCAGCAAGAUGCAAAAGAAGAAAGUCCUCAUGGUUUGCUUAGGAAAUAGCUGUCGUUCUCCCAUGGCAGAAGCGAUAUUUCGAGACGAAAUACGAAAAAUGGGCUUAUCUGAUUUAUGGGAUGUUGAAAGUGCUGCUAUUUUAGAGUAUCACAUAGGAAAUGGCCCUGAACCCAGAGCAAUGUCUACGCUUAGAAAGGCCGGGAUUAUAAAUUAUUCUCAUAUCGCAAGAAAAAUAACAAUAAGCGAUUUCUAUAAAUUCGAUUGGAUAUUUGGAAUGGACGAGUAUAUUAUUUAUAGAUUGUACGCAAUGCAACCAGAGGAUAGUCAAGCAAAAAUUGAACUACUUGGGAAAUAUGAUCCAGCUGGAGAAAUUAUUAUAAGAGAUCCUCUUUUUGAUACCGGUAGUGCAGGAUUUGAGAAAGCAUUACAACAAGCUCUAAGGAGUGUGCGUACAUUUCUAGAAAUGAAUAAGAAUGAUACACAGAAAGAAUCAAAUAAAGAUCAGAGUUUUUAAUAUAUUUUUGUUAAAAAUACUUACAAAGUUUAUCUUAUCAAUAGCUAAUUAUUGUUUCAGAAAAUGUUGUACAUAAAAUUAAAAUUUACAAAAACU